GUUAAAAAAAUGGGGCGGAGUAGUCGGUUGCAACAGUGGAUAGGGUUCCGUGUGCGCGUGACGUUGCAUGACGGGCGGAUGUUGGUGGGAGUGCUGAUGGCGUUCGACCGACACAUGAACUUGGUGCUGAGCGACACGGAGGAGUUUCGUCUGGUGAAGAAGAAACACACCGCGGCCGCGACGGCCUCGAACCCGAAGGGCAACCCGCAAGAACUGAAACGCGUCCUCGGCCUCAUUAUGCUCCGCGGGGAAGGGGUCGUCUCCUUCGUACCCGAAGCGCCCGUGGACAGCGGCACCGCCGCCGCCUCCUGA